GUUUGUUUUCGCUUCGGUUCUUCACAAUAUUCUUCCCUGAAGGAGAGAGAGGAGGCCGGAGAGGCUGAAUUAACGAGAAAUUUGUUGAGAAGACAAAACUGGAUUAUCCUUGUGAAACAGAAGAUUCAACGAUGGAGCCUGUCCAUAUUAAAGAGGAGAGUCCUGAACUAGAAUCAGUCCAUAUUAAAGAGGAGAGUCCUGUACUGGAAUCAGUCCAUAUUAAAGAGGAGAGUCCUGAACUAGAAUCAGUCCAUAUUAAAGAGGAGAGUCCUGUACUGGAAUCAGCCCAUAUUAAAGAGGAGAGUCCUGACCUAGAAUCAGCCUGUAUUAAAAGGGUUAUUCUCAAUUCUAACCCCUUAAGCAGCUUUCAGGACUCUCUUACCUGUGGUGACUGUGGGAAGUGUUUCAGUCAGUCAGGCACUUUGAAAAGACAUCAGAGAAUCCACACAGGCGAGAAGCCACAUCACUGUGAUGACUGUGGGAAGAGUUUCAGAGAGCCAAGGGACUUCCAAAUACACCAGCGAAUCCACACUGGAGAGAAACCGUAUACCUGUGCAGAGUGUGGGAAGAGUUUCACGCAGUCGCAAAGCCUGAAACGUCACCAGCAAACCCACACUGGAGAGAAACUACACAUCUGUGGUGACUGUGGGAACAGUUUCAGUCAGUUACAAAACCUGCAACUUCACCAGCGAAUCCACACUGGAGAGAAACCGCAUGUGUGUGGUGACUGUGGGAAGAGCUUCAGAGAUUUACAAAGCCUGAAACUUCACCAGCGAAUCCACACUGGAGAGAAACGAUAUGUCUGUGGUGACUGUGGGAAGAGAUUCAGCUGGUCAAGCACAUUGAAAAGACACGAGCGAAUCCACACAGGAGAGAAGCCGAAUGUCUGUGCCGACUGCGGGAAGAGUUUCACACGUUUACAAAACCUGAAACUUCACCAGCGAAUCCACUCUGGAAGAGAAACCGUAUACCUGUGCUGACUGUGGGAGGAGUCUCAGAGAUUUACAAAACCUGAAACUUCACCAGCGAAUCCACUCUGGAAGAGAAACCGUAUACCUGUGCUGACUGUGGGAGGAGUCUCAGAGAUUUACAAAACCUGAAACUUCACCAGCGAAUCCACUCUGGAGAGAAACGAUAUGUCUGUGGUGACUGUGGGAAGAGAUUCAGCUGGUCAAGCACAUUGAAAAGACACGAGCGAAUCCACUCUGGAAGAGAAACCGUAUACCUGUGCUGACUGUGGGAGGAGUCUCAGAGAUUUACAAAGCUUGAAACUUCACCAGAGAAUUCACACAGAAGGGAAACCAAGAUGUCGGUGGUGACUGUGGGAGGAGUUUCAGAUGGAUAUACAGCUUGAGAGGCACCAGCGAAUCCACACAGCAGAGAAACCCUCUCACCCAACCUUCUCCCAUAACACUCGAGAUCUGCUUCAAAGGACUGGAUAUUAGUAACAGAGGGUCGUAAAGAUUUGAAAUGGUUUCAGUUCAGAUUACCUGCCAGUCUGAUCUAAACAAACAGAGCUGAUUCUUAUCUGUUA